AUGCCUCCGCACCUGUCCAAGCGCAGUCGCGACGACGACGACCAUCGACCAUCAAGUCCAGAAUCCACAGACAAGCGCAGACGAGUCAUCGGCCCAGCACCUCCGCCUUCCGCAUCCUCACCACCGCGUACAUCGGGGCCCUCGCUGCCACCAUGUGCGCCAUCGCCAUCACCAUCACGGUCCAGCAGCGCAGACAGCGACGUCGAUUCGGACAGCAGCGAUGACGACUUUGGUCCCGCCCCACCUCCAGCUGGGAGUAUGUCUUCAGGCUUUGACAACAACAUGGCGACGUCCGCAUUCGAUAGCGAGCCACAAUUCACAGACGCUCCGAAGAAGGCACAACGAGACGAGUGGAUGACACUACCGCCCACACAAGACGACCUCGCCGCGCGAAUGGACCCAACCAAGAUGCGCGCGCGCAAAUUCAACUCCGGAAAGGGCGCAGGCAACACAGGCGGCAUGAGCAGCGCAUGGACCGAGACACCAGAGCAGAAGCUCAAACGACUGCAAGACGAGGCCUUGGGCAUCGCCGCACCUACAAACGCUGCGCCUGCGACAUCCGAGUCGAAGCGCACCAAGGAAGAGGAGAGGGGGGCGCGCAAGAUGCGCGAAAAGAUUGAGGCGACCCGAGGCAAGAGCCUAGUUGAGCAGCAUCAGGACAAGGGUACGGGUAAAGAGAAGGAAGACGAUCCAAGCAAGCGCGCGUUUGAUUACGAGAAGGACAUGGCUGUGAGCGGGAAUCUGAAUCAUAAGCAGAAGAGGGAGAUGCUCAGCAAAUCGAAAGGUUUUGGCGAUCGCUUCUCAAGCGGAAGCUUCUUGUAG